CUCACUCGUACACUUAGUUAGGCACAAACAAUUGGCGUUGGCUGUGGGGUCGCGAGCGAAAAGUGAUACGCAACGAUAACCGGAUAAUCUUUCAACGCCACUCCCAUUCCAGACGUAAUAACUCCGCUCAAAGCAAUGACGAGCCAAAGACUCUUCAAUGAAAUCAACGAUCCGUACACAGUAUUGAUUGAGGAGGAAGUGCCUGAACUCAUGCCCAAGGAAGUGCGUGCUCAGACGACCCAUGAAAAUAGGGUAAUCGCGAGAUAUGCAGGAGAAAAUGAACUAGGUCGUAGCGCUAAUGAUGAACAAAGGAGCUUCCGCGGCGGCACAACCCGCACCAACCGCCAGUCAAGCUACACUGGGGUCGUAAGAGCCACAACUCACGCAGACACCAAGAGCGGAUCUCGACUUUCUGGAACAACACCUCUCGCCGCACUACAGGGCACCGCCUAAGUGGGUUCUCCACCAACCCCUUUGCGCGAAAAUUAUGGAGGCUGAUAUUAAACCUACCAUGUUAGAAAUAUUUAGUUUAGAUAUAAAUUGAAUUGAAUUUA